AUGGAGGCGGAUUGGGAUGAACUAGCCAUCGCUCAGCUGCCACCUACCGCACCGCAUCUUCCGACUACACCAGUCUCGACGUUUGCAUUCGACACGACCCAGGAGCUGCUAUGGACAGGCAACAACCAUGGACGAGUCACGUCUUUCUAUGGCCCAAGCCUCGAGCGCUACACGUCCUUUCGCGGGCACACCGGCCUCGUUAAGCAAUUCCUCUUCACCGACAAGGGCGUGCUCUCGGUUUCGAAGAACAGCGUUCACUACUCGCACCGUCGCGGUCUGACACAAUGGCAUCUGGUAAGCGACGACUUGAAGGACCUCAAGUGUAUGAACUUUACCUCGAAAGGGACACGUGAGAUCUUGGUCGCAGGAUGUCAAGACCAGAUGUUUAAGGUCGAUGUGGACAAGGGUACAAUCAUAGAUACUCUUCCUGCCGAAGCCCAGUACACCAUCAUGAAGAGAGCCGGACAGUACCUCUGCGCCGCUACUAAGACGGGUGGCAUCCAUAUCCUGGAUUCAAACUCUCUCUCCGUCGUGAAGGUGUUCGAAGGCCAUACCGGCAGUAUUAGCGAUAUGGACGCCAAAGGCGAUUUCCUCGCGACAUGCGGCUGGUCUCCGCGACAGCAGUACGCUUACAUGCUCGACCCAUUCACAAAUGUGUUCUCUUUAAAAACACUAAAGCAAUUGCCUCCUAUUCCGUUCCAUACUGGCGCAGCUUUUGUGCGCAUGCAUCCGCGCAUGUCGACCACCGCCAUCAUUGCUUCGCAAAACGGCCAGUUGCAGGUCAUUGACCUCAUGAAUCCAGACUCCGCCAACUUGCGACAAAUCAAUCUUUACGAUUCGUAUCUGGCUGGUUUCGAAAUGGCACCAUCCGGUGAAGCCUUUGCCUUGGCAGAUUCAAACUCUCACAUACACCUGUGGGGUUCUCCAGCCAAAGUUCACUUCCCCGAGUACAGCAAUCCUACGGAAUUCGCGGAUCAUGCCGUCUCCCCUCCCUCGAUGGACUGGAACCUAGAAACGCCUCUGAACACUGUCGGUAUGCCCUACUACAAGGAACACCUUCUGUCGAGCUGGCCAAGCCACAUGGUCUUCCAAGUGGGCGCGCCUCCACCGAAAAUUGACAACGUGAUAUUGGGCAACAUGACGCGGACCGAGUUGGGUUUCUUCGCCAAGAACCCGAGAACAAAACGGAGAAAUCAAGUCGAACAUACCCGUCAGGUUGACAGAGUGAGCGAAUCACUGACCGCACCCAAAUUUCUGAGUGAGAAGACUCGUGCAGCAUUGUCUUUUCAUGAGCCAGAUGAGAUUACUGCAGAGACCAUGGAGACGCUUACUGAUUUACACCUCGACGACGUGACUCGGAAAGACGUUCCCGCAAUGUAUGGGAACGUAGAGAUCAAGUACAGCAAGUUUGGCGUCGACGACUUCGACUUUGCGUACUAUAACCAGACAUCGUUUUCGGGCUUGGAGACCCAUAUCACGAACUCAUAUGCAAACCCACUACUCCAACUCUUUCGUUUCACCCCCUUGGUCCGCAAUCUGGCGCUGCAGCAUACUGCGUCCCCUUGCCUGUUCGAAUCAUGUUUGCUCUGUGAACUAGGCUUUCUGAUAGACAUGCUCGAAAAAGCGGCCGGACUCAACUGCCAGGCUUCCAACUUCCUAAAGACCUUCAGUGGGCUGUCUAAUGCGGUGUCGUUGAAUUUGCUAGAAGAAUUUGCGCCGAACGUCGCUCUCACCAGCUUGAUCCAGAACUUGAAUCGAUUUCUGCUGGACAAGAUCUCGGAAGAGUUUCGGCAGGUGUUACCAGGCCAAACUGGACCGUCGUUGAUGGAUCAGGUUCUCGAAACACAAGCAAAGGCAAGCAUGAGGUGCGCACAAUGCGCCAACGAAACGAUUCGAGGCGGCAAGAACUUUGUGAACGAGCUGGUCUAUCCAGCCAAACAUGUCAUGAAGAACACAAGGAUACCCCGGCCUACUUUCUCACAGAUUCUCAAAGCCAGCGUGGAAAGGCAAGACCAGACGCGGGGUUGGUGCACGAAGUGCAAUCGAUACCAGCAAAUGGUACAGAGAAAGACGAUCCAGUCUGUUCCUGGCGUCUUGAUGCUCAACGCGGCCAUACAGAGUCACGAGGCCAAGCUUUUGUGGUCUAUACCAAACUGGCUGCCGCAAGAGAUUGGGAUCAUAGUAGAUCAAGGUCAAUUUUACUGCUUCGAAGGCCAGGAUUUGAAGCUGCACUUGCAGCGUGGCGUCUUCGAUAUCAUGGUAUACGAACUAGUUGGUGUAGUUGCCGACAUCAACAGCGGAGAACACCAGAAACCUCAUCUUGUCGCUACCAUCAACACUGGGCCCUCGUCUCGCGACGCAGAUGCGGAGGACAAAUGGCAUCUCUUCAACGACUUCCUGGUCCGGCCAAUACCGAAGGAAGAGGCGCUACGUUUUGAACCGAGUUGGAAACUGCCCUCUGUUCUCACGUUCCAGCAGAAGGCUGCCAGAAACAAGAUCGACGACUCCUGGAAGAAGAGUCUCGACACUUCAAUCUUGUACAGAUGGUGGUCUUCGAACCCCACCGCUACAGAUUCGAAGUUCAAACUCUUGAACUCGGCGGCAGAAGCACCACGUCCAGGGUAUCCUGUCGCUAUCGAUGCCGAGUUUAUCAGACUACAGGCCGAAGAAAUCGAGAUGAAAGCGGACGGCACGCGACAGACGAUUCGUCCCGACCGCAAAGGUCUCGCUCGUGUGUCCGUCUGUCGUGGCGAAGGCGAACAUGCUGGUGUUCCCUUCAUCGACGACUAUAUCGCCGUCACCGAAACCGUCGUCGAUCAUCUCACAGAGUGGUCUGGUAUCUCACCUGGUGACCUGAAUCGCGAUACCUCACCACACGCUCUCAUCAGCCUCAAACACGCUUACAAGAAACUCUGGCUUCUCCUCAAUCUCGGAUGCGUCUUCGUCGGCCACUCCCUCGCCAAUGACUUCCGCACAAUCAACAUCCACGUCCCCAGGAACCAAGUCGUCGACACCUCAAACCUCUUCUUCAAGCCCGAUUUCAAGCGCAAGCUCAACCUCAAAUUCCUCGCGUGGUGCGUGCUGAAAGAAAAGAUCCAACAAGAAACGCACGACUCCAUCGAAGACGCAACCACGGCGCUAAAGCUGUGGAGGAAAUACGAGGAAUUUGUGGAUGCGGGCGUUCUGGAACCCAUGCUCAAUGACAUAUACGCUACGGGUAGUCAGGUCAGAUUCAAGGCCCCGGGUAGUGAGGGGAAGGACUUUGGUGGCCGCGCGAGUAUGGGGGCUGCGGAUAGGGAUGCGCCGGAUCCGUUGACGACGCCGAAGAAGGGGAGUACGUUUGGAAGAGUGGGGUUUUGGAGUCCGAUGAGAUAG